AUGGAUCCAGCGGAAAUCUUUCGACAGUUUGGCCAUGUUGCACCACGCCAAAAUCCUGUCUACAUGGGCCAUCAGCAACCUAUGGUUCAGUACCAACCGCAAAUGCAACAACAGACGUUCAGAAAACCGAUGCAGCAGCCCGAAGAAACCUCGGAUGGAGACGGUUCGAGCCACCGCAUUGCUCACACUCUGACAGCUUGCUGCCGUUGCCGACAGAGGAAAACGCGAUGCGAUCCGACCUUACCCCGAUGUCUGCCCUGUGAAAGAUCAGGGUCUACAUGCGAAUACCUAGAUGCGGCCAAGGGUCGCAAAAUUAACCGUCAGUAUGUCAUUAGGUUACAAGACAAAGUCAGACAGCUUGAAGCGGAGCUCAGCCAAUUCACCGACGAUGAGAGCGACUACCCCAAGAGUAACGAGGAUAUGGUGCGGCCAGGCGGCCUGGUUCGCCUCAAUGGCGGUGACGAGACCCAUCGAUAUCUGGGGCCCAGUAGCGGAAUUGCCAUGACACGCCUUGUCAUGGAGCAAGCGAAGCGAUACACGGAUUCAAAGCGCAUCUCCGAUCUUAUCCCCAGCGUUCGUACCAGGCAGGCUCGCAUGCAGUCCAUUCAGGUGACUGGACCUGGGGCUAGGCGUAAGAGCUUCCCAAUGGUCAGCCAGCACCCAGCUGAAAGCCUGCCAACAAGACCUGUAGCAGACAAGUUGUUAGAGAUAUUCAACCAAAAAGCUCAACUCUUCUGGCCUGUUCUGCAUGAAAAAGACCUUCUGCAGGAUCUUGAUGCAGUCUAUAAUGGCGACACCGAUCCAUACCGACUAUUCAUCAUCAGGAUGCUCGUGGCCAUUAGCUUACAAAAGCUAGACACGCAGUAUGCUGGUCUAGCAGAUAGUUAUUAUUUGGCGGCAAUGCAAUUGUUCGAAGAUGUCGUUCGCCCAAAAGACCUCAAGACAUUGCAAUGCCUUGUCCUUCUUGGACAGUACUCCCUUCUCACCCCUACGAGGAUGCCAGUUUACUACGUAAUAGGACUGGCAGCCAGAAUAUGCCAACAGGAAGGCUUGGCUAACGAGAAAACCAUAUUUGGUUACGAGCUGGAUUCAAAAACAAUCGAUAUGCGACGACGAAUCAUAUGGACUGUCGCCGCCAUGGAAUAUGGUUUAGCGCACAGCAUGGGAAGACCCAAUAAUUUUGCAACAGGAGACGAUCGACUCGAUGUCGAAUUCUUUGAGACCGUCGAUGAUGAGAACAUCACUGACCAGGGUAUUCAGCCUGGCCCGCCCAGUGAGCGUAAGCUGGUCGCUAUACAUUUUUACAAGAUGAGAAUGUGCCAAGCAGAAAUCCGAAGAGUAUUGUACGAGAAGAAAAAGGAUGAGCCAAAGAACGACGCGCAUCCUUGGUAUGCGAGAGUUGAAAACAUGAACAAAGAAUGGCUGGAUGCAUCGCCCACAAGCCCUGAAUGGUGCAAACCUUGGUUUACCGGCCGAUAUCAUCAAAUGAGAAUAUUCAUGUACCGGCCUUCUCCACAGGUGCCUAAGCCGUCGCCUCGUGCCGCUACCGUUUGUUUUGAAAGCUCAGCAUACAUCAUUCAGUUGAAUUCCAAACAGAUGGACAGUGGUGCGGACAUCACUUGGGUCUUUCUUCUCACAGUGAACAUGUCUCUUAAUACUCUUCUGUGGGCUGUCUCGUAUCCAGAGGUACGACAAGCGCACCCUCGUAAUGAGGUCGAGGGCCUCAUCAACACUUCCCUGGAUGUUCUGGAGCGCUGUGCAGAGCGAUGGCCAGGAUCGGCUUCAGCCUCACAGCUGUACUCCAUCUUCUCCAAAGCAUGUCUGCAAGGUUAUGAUGAGCGUCCUAUGACGGGACAAACAGCUAACUUCUUCGCCACACCCCCGUCUUUCGCGGAUCCCAACUCCCCAGAAGCCUUCCAGAACAGUGUCCAGCAAGCUCCAUAUCAGAAUGCACCCCAGUUCAACCAAAUCUUCAACUCACCACCAGAGGCCAUGAACGCUUACCCCUUCGAUCCCAACUUUCCUCCGCCUCAGCCUAGUUUCAGGUCCAACUCGAUCUUCUUCAACCCUGCUAGCAAUGAGCCUACAGGUCGCAGAUUUUCGUAUUUCCCUCCAGACUUUAUGCAACCUGGUGAGACAAUGAUGGACGAUCCGACACCGCCAGCUACUACGACUCCCGAGCAACACAUGACCUCACCCCCAGACCAUCUUUCUGAGCAAUUGCCAACACCUCCUGAUUCCGUGCCCACUGGCAAUAUGGCGACACCGACCCCUAGUAAUGCACUGUCACCUCCAAACACUAUAACGGCACAUCCGACACCCAUCAUGCAAAAUGCGUCACCGAAUGGGGUUUCAAUGGUGCCUGUACAGAACAAUAUGUCUCCUCCUAUUAAGAUCGAGCCAUCUCAGCGAGGCCCUACAUUUGCCAUACCGCCGAACCCCCAGCACGCGUCUCAACAACGGCCCCUGCCUACACCAAGCGGUAUCAACGACUGGUUCUCACCACCGGCACCAUUUAUCUCUCCAUUCGCGUUCAAUAAUAUGAGCAACAGCUUUUUCAACGAUUCUUUGGCUAAUCCUGGGAAUUUUGGCGACAUGUCAAAUUCUGGUCUUGGGUUACAGAAUGUCCCAGGUGGGAACGCCCCGAUUCCUCAAUUCGAUUACGGCUUUGCUCGUCACGGUAGCCUAACGCAGUCUCAACAACUCGAACUGAUGACUGUGCUGGAGACGGAGGGCAUGAGCGACAUCGAUGCUUUCCUGAACGGAGGGGCGAUGCCAAACAACAGAUGGUACUAA